CGCGGGAUCGGGUGGGGCCUACGUCACUGAAGCGUCACAGGAAGGGGCGGAGUCCCGCGCUGUGGCGGGAAAAGAGACUCCUGGGAGGCGCUGGGAGGCCGUUCUCGCCGCCGUCCGGCCCUCGCCGCCGCGCCCGUAACCAGCACUAUGCCAGCGGCUGGCCUCGAGCCGUUACGCCCGCCGUCGCCGCCCGGCGUGCAGGAGCAGAGCGCCGAGCCGCGGCCGCCGCCGCCGCCGCCGCACGGGGAGCUGCAGUACCUGGGGCAGAUAGAACACAUCCUCCGCUGCGGCUUCCGGAAGGAUGACCGCACCGGCACUGGCACCCUGUCGGUGUUCGGGAUGCAGGCGCGGUACAACCUGAGAGAUGAAUUUCCUCUGCUGACAACCAAACGUGUUUUCUGGAAAGGUGUUUUGGAGGAGUUGCUGUGGUUUAUCAAGGGAUCCACCAACGCUAAGGAACUCUCUUCCAAGGGAGUGAAAAUUUGGGAUGCCAACGGGUCCCGAGACUUCUUGGAUGGCCUGGGCUUCUCCGACAGAGCUGAAGGGGAUUUAGGCCCAGUUUAUGGCUUCCAGUGGAGGCAUUUUGGGGCUGAAUACAAAGAUAUGGAUUCAGAGUAUUCAGGUCAAGGAGUAGAUCAACUGCAAAAAGUGAUCGACACAAUCAAAACCAACCCUAACGACAGAAGAAUCAUCCUGUGUGCUUGGAAUCCAAAAGAUCUGCCUCUCAUGGCCCUCCCCCCAUGCCACGCCCUCUGCCAGUUCUACGUGGUGAAUGGGGAGCUGUCCUGCCAGUUGUACCAGCGGUCGGGAGACAUGGGCCUGGGUGUGCCCUUCAACAUUGCCAGCUACGCCCUGCUCACCUACAUGAUCGCACACAUCACGGACCUGAAGCCAGGUGACUUCGUGCACACUCUGGGAGAUGCACACAUUUACCUGAAUCACAUCGAGCCACUGAAAACUCAGCUUCAGCGAGAACCAAGGCCUUUCCCCAAGCUCAGAAUCCUUCGAAAAGUUGAGACAAUCGAUGACUUCCAGGCCGAAGACUUUCAGAUUGAAGGCUACAAUCCUCAUCCAACUAUUAAAAUGGAAAUGGCUGUCUAGAGUGCUUUUAAAGGCAUUGUUUGAAGGAAAUUUACACCCAGGUAAAAGUUCACUUGGCUCUAAAGGCGAAGGAUCUGGGUCAAAACCUGUUAGUGAUAUAUUGGUUAUUAUCCAUUAACUUUUAAGAAUGUUGCCACUGGCAAAUAAGAGCUGUGCUGUUCUCUUAGUAAUAAAAGGCCUUGGGUUUGGGUGACUCAC